AUGCUAAAGUCGGCUGUUUUCGCAUCACGCUGUGGACGCGAUGGUAAAAAAUUCGCACAGCUGCACCGCUUCUUCAUGUCAUCCAAUUUGUGUUGCGAACACUCCAGACAGCUCCCUCCUGAAAUGAAAGGGGAUCCUGUAGCUAUCCAAUUUGCAGGCGUUCUUCAGGUCUUCUGCUUGACUACGCCUAGACGCACAUCCGGGCCGGUAGAUGACCGAGUGACUGCUGGGCGUUCUGCAAUCAAGCUAAUUGUUUCAGAGAAUUGCGGACAGCGCUCGUGUCAAAUGCGGACGUCAUUAAAUAUGCUUCAGCAUUUAUGCUGGCCUACGAGGUCUUCGGCACGCGAAGCAACGCACAUGACCAUAAGCCUACUGAAGCAUGGUAUACCUUUGCUUGCCUAUGCUUGCUCAAGCUGUCCCGUUGUGUAUGUUUGUGUUGGAGAGGUCGAAUACAUAAAUGGAUGUUCUCGUAAUCAGCAGCAUUUUUCCGUGAUUAGCAUUCUUCUGUCCUGCCUAGACGAGCAGCAUCAGAACGAACGCAAAGCCAUUUUUUAA